ACUUAUGAGUCGCAUUUCCCGUGCUCCACUACCUCACCUUACACGAGGGCGGUGUGUAGGGUUUUGUUUGGAGGGUAACAUGAAGGGCUUUGAUGCUCGUUAAACUGCUCGUUCCCAGUCUCCACCUACCUUAUCCCACACUGCAUGUUUUUUCUUUUCUUUCCUCCUUCAAUAAUUAUCUUAUCCUUGUGAAGCCCCCAACGGAAGCCUGGGAUUUAGUUCGUCUUGCUCUUUCUCACCCAAUCCCCCGUCACCAUUAGAUAGUAGAUUGUGUUUCCCUGGUCUUCUUGUGUUGGUUGUGCGAGAGCGAGAAGGCUUCAGUUCGUUUCUCGGCUCUCUUUGUUUUAUCUUAAAAGAUUAGUGUGUGUGUGGUGCGAUAGAGAAAGAGAUAACGGAAAUGCGGGUGGCCAUCGUGGGAGCAGGGAUCAGUGGGUUGGUGUCGGCCUACGUGCUGGCCAAGGCCGGGGUAGACGUGGUGCUCUAUGAGAAGGAGGACUAUUUGGGCGGUCAUGCUAGGACUGUAAACUUCGAUGGCGUCCACCUGGAUCUGGGGUUCAUGGUCUUCAACAGGGUGACUUAUCCUAACAUGAUGGAGUUCUUUGAGAGCCUUGGGGUCGACAUGGAGAUAUCUGACAUGUCAUUCUCCGUAAGCUUGGACGAGGGUAAAGGUUGCGAGUGGGGAAGCCGCAAUGGAUUGGCCAGCUUGUUUGCACAAAAAAGUAAUGCUAUCAAUCCCUACUUUUGGCAAAUGCUUCAAGAAAUUUUCAAGUUCAAACAUGACGUCAUCAAGUACCUUGAUGAGCAUGAAAACAACCCUGAUCUGGACCAUGAUGAAACAUUGGAGCAUUUCAUUAAGUCGCAUGGAUACUCUCAGUUAUUUCAGAAAGCUUAUCUUGUUCCGAUCUGUGCUUCUAUCUGGUCAUGCCCUUCAGAAGGAGUAAUGAGCUUCUCUGCAUUUUCUGUGCUUUCAUUUUGCCGUAAUCACCAUCUUCUUCAGCUAUUUGGCCGCCCACAAUGGCUUACUGUCAAGCAGCGAUCACAUUGCUAUGUUAGAAAGGUAACAGGAGAACUAGAGAGCAGGUACUGUCAAAUUAGAACAGGAUAUGCAGUGCAGUCUGUCUUAAGUAUUGAUGGAGGUUGCUGUGUGGUAGGAGAAGACCAGUCAAAGGAAACAUAUGAUGGAUGCAUAAUUAGCAUACAUGCACCAGAUGCUUUGAAAAUUUUAGGGACACAAGCAACAUAUGAGGAAUCAAGGCUACUUGGUGCUUAUCAAUAUGUAUACAGUGACAUAUAUCUUCACCAUGACAAAAGUCUGAUGCCCCAAAACCCAUCAGCAUGGAGUGCCUGGAAUUUUCUUGGGACCACAAACAAUGGUGUAUGUGUUACAUAUUGGCUCAAUGUGCUUCAGAAUCUUGGUUCUACCAAUAUGCCUUUUCUUGUGACUCUAAAUCCUUAUUUCGUUCCUGAACAUAUCUUGCUUAAAUGGACCACUAGUCAUCCCAUUCCAUCAGUUGCAGCCUCAAAAGCUUCUCUUGAGCUAGAGAAAAUUCAGGGAAAAAGAGGAAUUUGGUUUUGUGGAGCAUAUCAGGGUUUUGGGUUCCAUGAGGACGGAGUGAAGACUGGAAUAGUUGCUGCUAACAGUGUGCUUGGAAAGGACUGUGUUAUUUUGAGAAACCCAAGACAUAUGGUACCUUCAUUGGUGGAAACUGGAGCACGACUUAUAGUUACUAGAUUUCUUGAAAAAUAUGUCGCAACUGGUUGUUUGACAUUGCUAGAAGAAGGUGGCACUAUUUUUGUUUUUGAAGGAACCAACAAGAAAAGUUGUGUAAAAUCUAUUCUGAAAAUUCAUGAUCCACUGUUCUACUGGAAGGUUGCUACAGAAGCUGAUUUAGGCCUUGCAUAUGCAUACAUAAAUCGGUACUUUUCUGUUGUUGAUGAGCAAGAAGGUCUCCUGGAUCUUUUUAUGAUUCUAAUUGUUAACAGGGAUCUGAAUUAUUCCUGCAAAAGCAAAACUAGAAGGGGCUGGUGGACACCUAUACUUUUUACAGCUGGUCUUCAAUCAGCUAGAUACUUUUUACGCCACAUCUCCAGGCAUAAUGCUGUAGCCCAAACUCCCAAGAACAUCUCCCGUCAUUAUGAUCUGAGUAAUGAAUUCUUCUCUCUAUUUUUGGAUGAGACAAUGACAUACUCUUGUGCAAUUUUUAAGAUGGAGAAUGAAGACUUAAAAGUUGCUCAGCUACGCAAAAUCUCUCUUUUGAUUGAAAAGGCUAGAAUCAAGGCCAAGCAUGAAAUUCUUGACAUUGGUUGUGGUUGGGGAAGUCUGGCAAUAGAAGUCGCAAGGCAAACCGGUUGCAAGUAUACAGGAAUCACGUUGUCUGAAGAACAACUAAAGUUUGCAAAAAGAAGAGCACAGGAGGCUUGUCUGGAGGACCGUAUUACUUUCCUGCUAUGUGAUUACCGCCAACUACCAUGUUACCAAAAAUACGACAGGAUUAUAUCCUGUGAGAUGAUUGAAGGAGUUGGUCAUGAAUACAUGGAAGAGUUUUUUGGCUGUUGUGAAUUACUGCUGGCUGAAGAUGGCUUAUUUGUCUUACAGUUCAUCUCCAUCCCAGACGAACGGUACGAUGAAUAUAGGAGAAGCUCUGACUUCAUAAAGGAGUACGUUUUUCCUGGAGGAUGCAUUCCUUCUUUGAGCAGAAUAACUUCAGCUAUGGCUGCCACAUCAAGAUUCUGUGUAGAGCACGUGGAAAAUAUUGGCAUCCAUUACUAUGAAACAUUGAGAUGCUGGAGGAAUAACUUAAUGCAAAAUAAAUGUAAAAUUCUUGCCUUGGGAUUUGAUGAGAAGUUCAUACGCACCUGGGAAUAUUAUUUUAUAUAUUGUGCAGCUGGUUUUAGAUCACGUACACUUGGAAACUAUCAGGCCGUGGUAUCACUUGUAGCGCACACGCACGCAAAGCUAGGUCCAAUCUGUAUCUAACAAAUUCAUUUAUUUCACUUUAUUUCUUUCAACACGGUAUUCCUGUUUUAUUUUUUCAGCAUUUAAAUCACUACGUUGAUCCUCUGCUUAUUGGUGUAAUAAUUAUUUCUAUCAUUUAAUGGUGCAGAUGGUAUUUUCUCGUCCUGGUAACCUGACAGCUUUAGGUAGUUUGUACACUGUUCGAUCUGAUUGUUCAUAGUAAAUUCAAAUAUUUGGUUGUAAGAUCAUAUCUGUCUCAAAUCAUUAGUUUCACUGGCAGCUUCUGAGGUUCAACAAUCAAAGGUUUGGAUUAACAUCA